GGAAGGAAGGAAGUGUUCCUGGUAUGAAUCGUUCUCAGUUUUUUUUCUCGUUUUUUUUUCUCCAUCGAGGAUAAUUAGAGUAGUACCUUGAGUGGGGCGUUUUGUAUGUACGCUGUAUGUUUUGUUUGUAUCAAGUGUAUCGCGUAUGGAUACGAGUGGUGGUGUGUAUUGUACGAGUGGAAAUAGUGGGGUGCGUGGAAAUUGACAUCCCGUUCCCUCCAGCAAGCAUCCUUGAUAUCGAUCCCAAGACAAGACAGGCAGGAAGACACGCAGUCUCUGUCCAAUCUCACUUCUCAACGAGUCCUCCGUCCAAUCCGUAUCCUCCUGUAGUCAUCUGUACCUCAAUCUCCGCGUCGAUCCAGAAAUCCAACGAACAAGAGCGAAUUCCGGGGGUGAGAGAAAUAAUUUGCCUCCUGCGCAGUCCGUAUGGGUGCCCGGUCAAUGCAUCACGACUAGACUGGAGUUACUCCAUACAAUAUCAAUCCUCCAUACUCCGACUAUGUAUACGCCGGUCUGGAGAAUCUGACAUCAACGUGGCUAAUCCGGGGACCAUCCAUCUUGCAGUUCACCGCUGCGAUGCGAGAAUAUGCAUUCCUCGUACGUACAAGAUACCAUUCUACGGCAUACGCCCUACGGCACAUUAUCCAUCCCGUAUAUCCCGUGCCGACUCUCCCACGGCUCCCACUCCGAAAGAUGGGAUUCAAAAUGCCUCAUAUUGAGUAUGUAUCGGGAAUGAAGCGAGGCGAGGCGAGAUGUACAGGUACAUGC